AAAAUUCAUCGUUCAGACAGCCCUGAACUUCCAUUUUUCAUUGCUCCCUUAAAAAUCUCUCUCUCUCUGAUUGGAAUUCUGCAACUUCUCUCAUUCUCUUUCACUCUCACAAAUUAGGGUUUCCAUUUGAGCUUUAUUCUUUUCCGUACAGAGCUCAAAUCCGAAGCGAGCUUGCUGCUUUCUCGCGAUGCGACAAGGAAGAAGCUGAGAGUAACAGAUCAGCAGGAUCGGCUAGUAAUUGUUUUCUCCGGGAUACCGGGUAGUCGACCUAGCAAAAUGGAGGAAGAAAUUAUAUAUGUUUAGUUAUGGGUUUUAUAAAAUUCCAGGGAAGGUGUAUCUUUCUUCACUGCAUCAAGUUCUGCUUAACUUUGAGUUAUUGGAAUUUGUUUGGUUUCUGGUAGUGAGAGAUGAUUAGAUGAUGGUUGUAGUUGUUGAAAUGGUAAAGGCAGGAAUGGGGCUGAAAUUGAUCGGUGUCUGUUUUGGGGGGUGGGGUGGUGGGUUUAUAUUUGAUAUCCGUAUUGAGAGAUCCAAUUCAGUAGUGGCAGUUGACAAUUGAUAUUACAGAGCAAGUUUCUUUAAGUAAUGAUAUUGGAUUAUUUUGAAUCCCAGAGGGAGAUGGGAUUUGAAGUUUGAACCCAAGACAAAUACCUUUGAAACUGGCUUGGUUACCCACAUAACUGAGCGCCAAAUGCCGUUAUGGCUAUGAGUUGGCUUCCAAAGGGUCACCUUUUGGUUGCCACAUUAUCUGUAUUCCUUUUUUAAGGCCAAACAUUAGGAAUGUGAAGGGAGGUUUGAUCUUUACAUUAAUAUGGCCAAAUCUAUUACCUUAGUUACCUGGAAAUUGGUUAAUUCCUGAUAUUUUCCUUAAUCAACUGAAAAUAUAGGUGGGCUGUUACAGUUGUUUAAAAUGUAUGAUGCUCUGGUUCUAUAAUUCCUGAUAUGCUCUGGUUCUCAAGACCUUUGCUGUAAAUCCAUCACAUACUCUACACAAUGCCAGAGAUCCCAUUUUUUAACUCUUAGUUGAUAAACAAGCUAAGAAAAUAUGCCUUCAUGGUGGCCAAAGUCAUUAAAGGAUGCAAAGAAGAAAGAAAAUAAAGAAAGUUUCAUUGGUACAUUGCAUAGAAAAUUAAAAAACCCAUCUGAUAGUAAGUCUGCUAUUAAGCCUGGGGGAUCUCGAAGGCAUGGUAAUGACUCAGUUUCAGAGAAGGGUUCUCUAUCCCGAGCUGAAUCAAGAUCAUCAUCACCUUCCAAACAUGUAUCAAGGUGUCAAAGCUUUGGAGAAAGGCCUUUGGCCCAACCACUCCCACUUCCAGACCUGCACUCAGCAAGGGUAGUCCGAACAGACUCUGGAAUCAUUUCAACAAAGCUAAGAGAAGGGAAGGGUUCUAAGCCAUACCUCUAUUUGCCUAUACCUAGGCCUCGAUGUAUCAUGCCCAGGUUGGAUCCCACAGAUGUUGAUGGAGAAUUAGUAGUAGCAUCAAUUUCAAGUGAAUGCUCUGUAGAGAGUGAUGAUCUGACUGACUCACGUCAACGUAGUCCUCUGGCAUCUGAUUAUGAAAUUGGAGGCAAAAAUGCGUUGCGCAGCCCAUCCAGUGUGAUUCCUAAGGACCAGUCUCCUGUUGGACAAAUAAGCAGAAGAGAGGCAACAGGAUUGAUUAAUCUUUCCUCCAGCAGAUGUAUCAACUCUUCAUCUCCUAAAAGGGGACCUCUAAAUAGCCUUGUGCCCAAUCUACAGGUCCCUUGUCAUGGUGCUUUUCGCAGUGCUCCAGAUAGCUCAGUGUCAAGUCCCUCUAGAAGUCCAAUGAGUGGUAUUGGAAAUGAGCAAGUUCCUGGUUCAAUGUUAUGGGCAGGAAGACCUUCUCCUGAUAUUCCUCUUCUUGGAUCAGGCCAAUGUUCAAGCCCUGGCUCAGGUCAAAAUUCUGGGCAUAAUUCAAUGGGAGGUGAUAUGCUAGGACAAUUAUUUUUGCAACCUAGUAGAGGAAGCCCUGAGUAUUCUCCAAACCCUAGUCCCAGAAUGAGAAGUCCUGGACCUAGCUCCAGAGUUCAAAGUGGUGCAGUCACACCAAUCCAUCCCAGGGCUGGAGGUGGAGACUCUGAAUCCCAGACUUGCUGGCCUGAUGAUGGGAAACAACAAAGUCAUCCCUUGCCCCUUCCUCCUGUUAGAAUGUCAAAUUCAUUACCAUUUUCCCAUUCAAAUUCAACUGCUGCAUCUCCCUCAGUGGCCAGAAGUCCAGGGAAAGCAGAGAAUCUGACAAGUCCUGGCUCACGCUGGAAAAAGGGAAAGUUACUUGGUAGAGGCACGUUUGGACAUGUAUAUGUUGGUUUUAACAGUGAUAGUGGUGAAAUGUGUGCAAUGAAGGAAGUUACGUUAUUUUCUGAUGAUGCAAAAUCGAAGGAAAGUGCUAAGCAGUUAGCCCAAGAGAUUGCAUUAUUGAGCAGGUUAAGGCAUCCAAACAUUGUUCAAUAUUAUGGGUCUGAAAUGGGUGGUGAUAUGUUGUAUAUAUACUUGGAAUAUGUAUCUGGUGGUUCUAUCUAUAAGCUUUUACAAGAAUAUGGGGCAUUUGGAGAAACAGCUAUCCGUAGUUACACUCAACAAAUACUAUCUGGGCUUGCGUAUUUACAUGCUAAACAGACUGUGCACAGGGAUAUCAAAGGAGCAAAUAUUCUUGUGGAUCCAAAUGGACGCAUUAAGUUGGCAGACUUUGGCAUGGCAAAGCAUAUUACAGGGCAGUCCUGUCCAUUAUCAUUCAAGGGUAGUCCUUAUUGGAUGGCACCAGAGGUCAUUAAGAAUUCAAACGGACGCAACCUUGCUGUUGAUAUAUGGAGUCUUGGAUGUACAGUCUUAGAAAUGGCUACAUCAAAACCGCCUUGGAGCCAGUAUGAAGGGGUUGCUGCCAUGUUCAAGAUUGGGAAUAGUAAAGAACUACCUAUUAUUCCGGAGCACCUGUCUGAUGAGGGGAAGGAUUUUAUCAGGCAAUGUUUGCAGCGUGAACCACGGUCUCGUCCUACUGCUGCUCAGCUAUUGGAUCAUCCUUUUGUAAAAAAUGCUGUGCCUCCAGAAAAACCUGUUAUUUCUUCAACGCAAUCUGAUCCAACUGGUGCUGGCAUGGAUGGCAUGAAAUCUCUGGGCAUUGGGCAUGCGAGGAAUACACCUUGCUUUGAACCAGAAAGACUCGCAAUCCAUUCAUCCAGAUUUUCAAAGUCUAGUAUCUAUGGCAGCGAAAUCCAUGUUCCAAGGAACAUAUCAUGCCCUGUCUCUCCGAUUGGGAGCCCUCUUUUACAUCCAAGGUCACCUCAACACCUAAAUGGAAGGAUGUCCCCAUCACCAAUAUCAAGUCCUCUUGCUGCAUCAGGCUCAUCCACACCACUCUCCGGAGGGAAUGGUGCAAUCCCAUUUCAUCACUUCAAUCAAUCAAUUUACUUACAAGAGGGCAUUGCCAAUCUCUCACAGGGUCUGUAUAUUAAUGCCCCCUCCUAUUGGGAACCCGAUGCUUCCCGGGGGAUGCAAUCCGGAGCUCAUGCUUUGUGGGAUGUGCAACCCACUGAAAACGAUGCUCUUGCAAAGCAGUUUGGAAGGCCCACCAGCGGAGAGUUUAACAAUGGUCAGUCAGUCUUGGCCAAUCGAGUCGCUCAGCAACUCCUAAGGGAUCAUGUCAAGUUGAUCCCCCCACUAGAUCUAAAUCCUUGCCAUCCCUUGGCUGGCCGAACCGGUGGAACAUGACGCCAGUUUUAUUCAAACACAGCAUUAGGGAAACAUGCCAAUCUCACUGUUGAAGGGGUAAACUUCACAAGUUAAUGAUAGUGAGUGAAGGAAGCUGGUUUUGUGUUAAGGGGGUCAAUCAAUGGGAGUACUGUUCAAUAACUGACCUGUUUGAGGAUUUCUUUUUCUUUUCUUAUCACUUUCAUUGGGUAAUGGUAUACCUUACGAGAUAGCCGGCUGCAAUGAAAAUGAACUGCCAUUGAUGUGCCACCCUUUCAAAGACGAGCUUGCUUCCUGCCACCUUCUCUGAUUGAGCAUAUCUGGAUUCUGCACAUGAGCAGCUAGCUUGUAUAAAGCUAAAGCUGGUGUAAAAGAUUGAAUUUGAUACUUAACUGACCCAAGGCAGGCAUUUAUGAAGGAUUCACUUGUUUGGUAAGGCAGCUAGCUUCAAGGAUUCAAUGUAUAGCUGAUUCAUCAGUGACAGUUGUUGCAUCAAACUUGUAUAUUUAUGAUGGGGCAAAGGUAGAGAAGAGUUAGCCUGA